AUGGACAACAGCAGAGUGAACAAAGAACCAAAGCAGAAAUUAAACUUUCCCUGCUGUGAAGAAGAGACUGAGGCGGAAGGGCAGAAGGAGGCACAAGAGAGCAGGAAGGCUCAGAGACAAACCCCGGAGAAGUCUGAGGUGCAGGAUUCAGAGGCCAAGUUCACACCUCCCAGGACCUCCCUUAGUUACGUACAAGAACUCGACACAUUUCAGGAAAAAGGCCAAGUGAGUCCAGAUCAGAUUUUGAGGACUCCCGUGUCAGACGCUCGCCAAUGCCCUGAAGCACCAGCCCAGACAGAAAACAGGAGUAAGCUGAUACGUUGUGAGAGUCCCUUCACUCCCAGAGGCCUGCUCAGCCAGUCGGUGAUUUCUCCAACAGGGAAGGUCUCCUCCCGAGGCUCAAAGCAUUUGAGGCUCACACCUGUUCCCCUCAAGGAUGAGAUAACCUCGCUGGCUCUGGUCAAUAUUAACCCCUUCACCCCAGAGUCCUAUAGAAAACAAUUCCUUCGGUCCAAUGGCAAGAGGAAAACCCGAGGAGAUCUUGAGGAGGAAGCUGGUCCAGGGGAAGGCAAAGUAGAACAAGGGCUGUCUGCCAAGAGAUGUGUUCUACGAGAAACCAACAUGGCUUCCCGCUAUGAAAAAGAAUUCUUGGAGGUAGAAAAAAUCGGGGUUGGGGAAUUUGGUACAGUCUACAAGUGCAUCAAGAGGCUGGACGGAUGUCUUUAUGCCAUAAAACGCUCCAUGAAACCUUUUGCAGGAUCACCAAAUGAGAAUUUGGCUUUGUAUGAAGUUUAUGCUCAUGCGGUGCUUGGCCAUCACCCCCAUGUGGUCCGUUACUACUCUGCAUGGGCAGAAGAUGACUACAUGAUCAUUCAGAAUGAGUACUGCAACGGUGGGAGUUUACAGGCGGCUAUAUCUGAAAACACAAAGUCUGGCAAUCAAUUCCAAGAGCCGAAGCUCAAGGACAUCCUUCUGCAGGUUUCCCUUGGGCUUAAGUACAUCCACAACUCUGGCAUGGUGCAUCUGGAUAUCAAACCUAGUAACAUCUUCAUUUGUCAUAAGAUGCAAAGUGACUCUCCUGUAGUCCCAGUAGAGAUUGAAAAUGAAGUGGAUUGGUUUCUCUCUGCCAAUGUGAUGUAUAAAAUCGGUGACUUGGGUCAUGUGACAUCAAUAAGCACACCUAAAGUGGAAGAGGGUGACAGUCGCUUCCUGGCUAAUGAGAUUUUGCAAGAGGAUUAUCAGCACCUUCCCAAGGCAGACAUAUUUGCCUUGGGACUAACAGUUGCAGUAGCUGCAGGAGCAGAGGCAUUACCCACCAAUGGUGCUGCGUGGCAUCGCAUCCGCAAGGGCCACCUUCCAGACAUUCCUCAGGAGCUCUCAGAACAACUUCACAAUCUACUCAAGAACAUGAUCCACCCUGAUCCAGAGGAGAGACCUUCGGCUGCAGCUCUGGCCAUAAGUCGAGUUCUCCGGCCCUCCCUGGGGAAAACAGAAGAGCUCCAGCAGCAGCUUAACCUGGAAAAGUUUAAGACAGCCACACUUGAAAGAGAACUGAGAGAAGCCCAGCAGGCCCAGUCCCCGCAGGGAGCCCACGGUAGCCCUGGAGUCUCUGGGACCCCCACUGGAUCAAGAAGCACCAAACGCCUGGUGGGAAGAAAAAGUGCAAAGUCUUCAAGCUUCACCUAUGGUAACUCAUUUCUGUAAGAACACAUUUCACACCAAUGCACCUUUUACCCUAUAGCUUCCAGAAAUAGAUACUGACCACGUCAACCUUCCUCUUACAAGUUGAAAGAUUAACCAACUUGAAUGCCCCAAAAUUUCUAGAGCCACUCCUAAUUUGGCACAAGAUCCUAAAGCUGUUAAGGCCUCCUCGUAGCUAUGGUCCUAGGUACAAUACUUGGUAGUCAUUUCUUUUCUCUGUUUACUUCUCGCACUUGCUGAUGCACAGUGGGAAAGCACGGGCCUCCGCACAGCCAGUGGACUGAGAGGCUGCUGAGGCCGCUCACCUACCAGGGGUCCCAGGGGCUCUCCAUGUACAUAGGAAUACAGUUUUGUUUUCUGUGAAGUACAAGUUCACAAGAAAAUGCGCCUGCCUUUCAACAAUGCUUCCCAAGUUAUAUGACAGUAUUCUGGAAAGAAUUCUCAGCCACUUUGAGCAAAUGGUUUUUUCUACUGUAUAAGCUGAAUAGAGACAGUCUUUUUCUCUGACAUUGUGAUUAUUAAAUGACUUCACCAUUAAGAGAGGUGGGCAGAAAUAAGACUAUAUAUAACUUGUGAUUUCUGAUCUGGGCGUUCACUUCUGGAACAAAGACACUAGGAAAAGGGCUUGAGGGAAAUCUGAUGUGGUUGUUCUCCAUCAAUCUAUUUGCCCUGAUCCUCUUGUGACUGUUAUGACUGGUUUUGAUGUUCUGGCUGUCAUCAAUUUCUCCUUGAUUUUACCAGAAUUUGACUUUGUUUCCUGUGAUUUUAUCAUUUUUUACCCAAAUCAUUUUCUCUGUAAAUAUUUUUAAAG